CAUGAUCUUACCGGGCUAUCUGAUUCUCCUAUCUUCACUGCCUGGCUCUCCCCAAGUCAGGGGCGAAGAGAACAAGCAGUACAUGACCCCUGUUCAAGGUCUGAACCCAUCUCUUGCCAGCAAGUAUGACCACUCGGCGAGUGUGAACUUCACCUGCCUCGACGGUUCUCACAUUAUUCCUUUCUCAGCGGUAAACGACGAUUAUUGUGAUUGUCCUGAUGAGUCGGACGAACCUGGGACCUCGGCCUGUCCUACGGGGGUUUUCUAUUGCGAGAAUGAGGGGCAUAUCCCUGGGAGAGUUUUGAGUAGUCGGGUGAAUGACGGAAUUUGUGAUCCAGAAUGUUGCGAUGGCUCUGACGAAUGGGCUACAGGGGCGUGUCCUAACAAAUGCGCUGAGAUAGGACAAGAAUAUAGACGCCAGGUGGAGGCCGAGAUGAAAACUCGCAAGACGGGAGCCAGAAUCAGAUCAACCUAUAUUAAAUGGGCUCAAGGGGAGAGGAAACGUUUGCAACUUGAUCUAGAAACGAAACGAAAAGAAUUGGAGGUGAAAGAGGUUGAAGUUGAAAAAUCUAGAAUCGCUUUGGAGACGAUGGAAGCGAAGAGCAAACAAGAAAUUGAGAAACGUAAAAAGUCACCUUUGUUUUUAUCCCUACUCACCCAUCGACUGGCCUUGAGCCGUCUGAGAUCGAGAGUCUCAAGAGCAGAAAAAGAGUUGGAAGCCCUUCAUGGGAUUUUGGAAGAUCUCUCCAAAGGGUAUAACCCGAAUUAUCAAGAUAUGGCCGUCAAAGCAGCUGUGGUAGGCUAUGAGGAACUUACCAAACCUCCUGAACCCACAGGCUCCACCGACGAUUCGUCAGAUUACACGGAAGAGCUAGAGGAGGAAAUUGGGGAUAGAGAAUUGGACGAACUUGAGAGAAAAGAUUUAGAGGGUAUACUUCUAACUGAUAUCUCGGAGUCUGAUUGGGAAACGGAAGAAGAAGCUGGUCUUCUUUGGAAGAUUGAUGAAUAUAUCCCGGAAUCGAUAUACGAAUCCUGGGAAGUGGUCAGAGAUGCUUCUAUCGACUGGUUAGUCCGCUUGGGGAUCAUCGGAAAGGGUUCAAAAGGGAAGACGGAUGGUGUUGAUGCACCACAUGUGACUGCUGCGAGAGAGAAACAUAGGAACCUCAAUAACGAGUUGACGAAACUUCAGAACGACAUUAAAUCAUCCUCUGAAACGCUUGAGAAGAUGGGACUGGGUUUUGGACCAGAGGCGGAGUGGAAGAAAUUAGACGGGACUUGCGUAGAUACCGUAGCUGGCGAUUACACAUACGAAUUGUGUUUCUUUGGUCGUGCUAGUCAGAAGAGUAACAAGGAUUCUUCUUCCAAUCAUCUAGGGACUUUCGGUGAAUGGAAUACGUCGGCAGAACCAGCUACAUACGACUACUACACUCGUCAGGUGUAUAAAAAUGGUGCUAAAUGUUGGAACGGGCCUAUGCGCAGUGUGACAGUGGACAUGACUUGCGGGACGACCAAUGCGUUACUGCAAAUCUCCGAGCCAGAGAAAUGUGAAUACAGGUUCAAAGUCACUACUCCUGCUCUUUGCUGGCCACUGGACUCGGGAGAGCAAACGGUCAAGGAGGAACUGUGA